UAUACACACGGAUUUAAUUAUGUGUGUUAUAUUCAUGGGCACGUGCCGAAUAGAAGAAUAUACAAUUUGUAAAGAUUGUUUUAGUAUGAGGGGGUUUCCAAUGAUGCCUUACCAUUGGUUGGCGUUGAAGGAUAUAAAAAGAGGCCGUAUUAAGGAUGAUUCAAAAACACGACAGUAUAUCGUUGUUUAAGAAAAUUGCGGUAUUGAAUUAUCGGAUACGUUAAUAAUACGAUCAUAUAUUAUUUGAGUUAGAUCUGCAAAACUGACAAAAAAAAUCGAAAACUAUGACUGCGUUGUCAGUGAACGGGUCAACAACGCUCUCAGGAACCACGUUGACGUCACCAUACCAAAACGUCUCAAUGGCAUCGAAAGUCGUGGAAACCACCGUGUUGUGCGUCAUCAUAUCCAUAACCAUUGUGGGCAACGUUUGCCUCUUUGCUGUUGUGCUGAGGUCAAAGGCACUUCGUAAUCUGACCAACAUGUUCAUCCUGGGCUUGUCAACUGCGGAUCUGCUCGUUGGACUGACAAACAUGCCAAUCACGGUGUACACGAUUAUCAAGGGUCGAUGGGAGUUUUCGCACAGCGCUUGCGUAUUAUUUGGCUUCUUGAACAUGAUAACACUGGUUACGAGCGUCUUGUCGUUAUGUAACAUUUCUAUAAAUAGAUACGUCAUGGUGUGUUAUCCACAGAAGUUCAAGGACAUCUAUACGGUUCGAAACUCUGUGUUUAUGAUUAUAGGUGUUGUUAUAUUUUCAAUUCUACUUUCCCUGCCGCCUCUGAUUGGUUGGUCUGAAUAUGUAUACACGCCCUCGCAUUCGUUCUGUUUCGCUGAUUGGCAGAACCACAUGUACUACGCGUUCUUCAUGAUUGGAUGUUGCUUCGGGAUCCCUUUCAUGGUCAUGUCAGUUUGCAAUGUGUUAAUUUUGAGAACCGUGAGGGCGAGCAGACUUCGUUUAAGAAACCGUCAAAACAUUGGUACGCAAGGAGCACAUAUAUCAACUGAAUCAAAUCUUGUGUCGUUUAAACGAUUUACUUUAAUCUUGUCGUUUCUUAAGUCUAUGAUAGAAAAGAAGAACAAAACAAGACCAGCAGACUCACCAUUGGUAUCCAAUAACAACAUCCAUUCGGAAACGGAAGCGAGUUCAGCACAAACACUCUCUAUUGCUGAUUUAAGUACUGCUGCAAACUUGGAUUCGUUUCACAAUACAUUAGCACCAAGCUCUCAUGAGACUCAAGUAAUCUCCAACUUCGUUCCUGCGACAACCACAACCCACACAUCGUCUUCCCAGUCACCAAAUUCCACAUUAAAGCACAACCCAAUGAACAGACUAAUUAAUGAAAACUGGCAACAGUCGUCAGAAAAACAACACCCAAGCAGAGAGUUACCAGAGCCUUCAAUUUCAAUUGAAACUUCCUCGGACGUGUCGCUUGUCGUUCCUUCAAAUUCAGAAAUAGAAAUCAAUGGUCAAGGUUGUAAACAUGACGUUCAAAUGAAGAUUCCUAAAUCGCGACAGCCGUCGUCUAGACGACGAGAAGAGAUACGACUUGCUUUUUCGCUCACUAUUAUUGUUGUGGUAUUUGUCAUAUGUUGGCUACCCUACUGUAUAAGUAUGCUACUUUCAAUAUUUUACGCGGGACAUGUACCAAGAGAAUUUCAUAUGUUUACAAUAAUAAUAGGCUAUGCAAAUAGUUGUUGCAACCCGAUCAUCUACGGUGUUAUGAACAAACGAUUUAAGGUGGGAUUUCAGCACAUUUUCUGCUUCUGGAGAGACAGGAGUUGUACAUGAUGCUGCGUUCCGACUUUGAUAAGCCACAUGUAAUGAUUACGGCCUUGUUCUGAGAAUUCAGGCAAAGAUACGGCGUUAUGCGUGUCGAUACGUUAUGAUACGUUAACUUGUUCAGGAUUUGACAAUAACAUUUGCCCGGAUAUACGAAUAACUAAUUUUCUAAAAUCGCAUGUGUGUGAAGUGUUUGAUUGCAUAUCAUAUCGUGUGUCUUUGUCUUCAUUUGAUAAUGUCUUUCAUAAAAACGGUAAUUAUGAUUUAUGUCAGACAAAUAAUGUAGUAUUUGCAAAUAUAUGCUGUGUUAGUGGGCCUUUUACACCCUGUAAUACGGUUUCUUCGCGAGAUGCAUUACAAUGAUCUGAGCAUUGUACUAUGUGAUAAUAAUCUGUGAUAAACAAAAAGGAAUUUAGUUGAUAUUUGUAUUUACCUUAUUUCAUUAUGCUUCAGAAAAAAGUUUGUAUUUACCUUAUGUUAUGUUUUUCUUGUGCACAUUUAACCAUUGAGUACUUACAUUUUCAAUAAAAUCUCAUGUUA